AUGAGGCGAUCAGAUAGCAGCCAACAUCAACGACCUGGCAGAGCAGAAGCCAAACGGAAAGUUGUCGAGAUAGGGGUCGCUGGUAUUGCAAAUAGUGCUGUUGUUUGCUCUACCGAUUUCUUAGUGCUUAUUGUGGUUGUGGUUGGUGUUGGUAUUGGUGUCGGUAUCGGUGUUGGUUUUAAAAUUAUUGUUGGCGAUGGUGAUGAAGAUGGUGAUCGAAUGCUAUAUGGAAAUCGGUAUGGGUUCUAUUCUGAUUACGUUUCCUGUUGUACAGACCUUAAAGAAUCUUUUACGAGCAUUAGGGUAGUUGUCGGUUAUUGCUUUCAUGAGGAGGAAAAGCAAAAAAGUGAAGUUUUUAUGGUGAUGGAGGAGAUGGUGAUUAAACGACAAUUUGAUGAGAAUGAAGAGGCUAAAUACGAGUGCUGUAGAAAUGAUGAAACAACUUGGGUUAUUGGUUAUGGAAAGGAGAGGAAAAGUGAAUUAAUGCUAUAG